CUCACCACAGACAGAGAAGGAAGGAGAGAAAGAAAAAAAGAGAACUCACAACCGGACUGACAGUAAGAGAAAGAUAUAACACACUUACUUGUUACCAGAGAGAUAACAACACGCUUUAUUAGAGGAUUUCUAGUAGGAUCAUCUGUAACCCCAAGAUGAGCAUCAGAAUGUCAGCCAGCCUUGUCGUUGUGCUCCUGGCCCUCCUGACCAUUACUGAGGGGAUGAGUCUGAGAGGCAUGGGGGCUGACCUGCGGUGUCGCUGCAUUGAGACGGAGAGCAGACGCAUUGGUAAACUCAUUAAGAAGGUGGAGAUGUUCCCUCCCAGCUCGCACUGCAGAGACACUGAGAUCAUUGCCACUCUGAGCAAGAGCGGUCAGGAGAUUUGUCUGGAUGUCAGCGCUCCUUGGGUCAAGAAGGUCAUUGAGAAGAUGCUGGCCAACAACAAAUGAAGAGGGGGAAUCAUCCCAUGAAUACUCUGGGAUUCUGAACUGUUACAAGAUACAAACCAAAUAAGUAUUUAUAAGAUUGAUAGGCUGAAUUCUAUCAUUUUCUAUCCAGGUUGAAAUACAAUACUAGAUGUAGAGUGG